AUGAAAUCACCGGAGUUGCAGGGUCAAAUGAAAAUAGGAAUAACGAAGGCAAAGCCGUUGAUAGAGGACAGCAUAGUCAAUCUCUACAUCCGAACACUCCCUAAGUGCAUUUAUAUAGCAGAUUUAGGUUGCGGUUCUGGACCCAACACCCUAUUGGCGAUCACUGAGAUCAUAGAUUCCAUUGAAUCAGCACGCAAUGGAAUGUGCCGUCCACCACUUGAAUACCAUGUAACCCUGAAUGAUCUUCCAGGGAACGAUUUCAAUUCCAUCUUCAAGUCCUUGCUAGCUUUUUAUGAGAAGCUGGAGAAGGAGAAGGAACACCAAUUGGGUCCCUGUUUCAUAUCUGGACUGCCUGGUUCUUUCUAUGGAAGGCUAUUCCCAAGCAAAAGUCUACACUUCGUUCACUCUUCCUAUAGUCUCCAUUGGCUCUCUCAGGUUCCACCCGGGAUUGAGGAUAACAAGGGACAUAUUUACCUGGCACAGACAAGCCCUCCUACUGUUUUUAAGGGAUACUUGGAGCAAUUUCAGAAGGAUUUCUCUGUUUUUUUGACUUCACGUUAUGAGGAAAUAUUACCUGGAGGACAUAUGGUCAUAACCUUUUUUGGCAGGAAAACUGUGGACGACUUUAGCACAGAUUUUUGUUGCCUUAAGGAGCUUUUAGCAAAGUCACUCUAUGACCUUGUCUCAGAAGUAAGCUUUCUUACUACUAAUUAUUAUGCUUCAAAUUCUAUGUUGUACACAUGA